AGGCGGAACUUUCUUUUAUGGUUUUGGUAGCAGUCCGUCAUGAAUAGAGGACGGACUAAGAUGAAACGGUGCUGCAAAAGGUAUUCAUGCUGAAGUGACAGUAAACAACACAGGCGAUGAAAUAAGUAAACGAUGACAUAUACGCUCUUCAAAUGCGUUGCAUACAGAGAUUUCUGUUCUCUUUCUCUCUUGGGAAAGUGCGCUUCUGUCGCCUAACUGUACGUUUGGAAUCAACACAAUGCUUUUCCGAUUUACAUGAAGGAACUCAAGUCGAGCCACAAGGUGAACGAGAGAUUGCCACAAGCAAGCAGGGGCCCAGGCGAAGGGUCUGUCAGCAGGUUCUGCAGCAUUUUGACGCGCAGUACACGGAGGAGCUUGGCAGCUUAUGGACAUCAGCAAGGUCGGUGUUGCUGAACCCGGACUGCUGGCAGUAUGGGGUGAUGCUGAACCGCUUCACUGAUCUAUCAGACCUGCGGACACGGCUGCAGGAGCUCGGAUACACCAGCCUCCUUCCUCAGCGAGGGGACCACUCUACCCCUACACACACACAUGUCCAGGAAAACACACAUCACUCUCACACACACAGCGAUGACCGGUCUCCUCAGAGCCCCCCCAGUGCGCACACACACAUUCACCCACGCUGGCUCGCUGCUGGCUCUCUGGAGUGUGUCGUGCAGCGGGCAGCGAUGCGUCUGCCGGCCCCGAGGCAUGACCACGGCCGUCUCAAGGGCUACUUCCUGCUGAACGCUGCCUCCCUGCUUCCUGUGCUGGCGCUGGGCAUCACCGAGGGGGAGCGCGUGCUGGACAUGUGUUCUGCUCCCGGAGGCAAAGCCAUCGCCAUCCUACAGGCUGCCAAUCCAGGCCUUCUGCAUUGUAAUGAAGUCAACUCACACCGCUGUGAUUGGCUCUCUAAGACACUGGAGUCCUAUGUGCCCGGCCCUCUGAUGGAGACAGUGCGAGUGACUAAUCAGGAUGGGAGAGAUUUCGGACACUCACACCCAGGGGUGUAUGAUAAGGUGCUGGUAGACACUCCCUGUUCUAAUGACCGAAGUUGGCUUUAUACCUCCAGCAUCCAGCAGGGAGAGCUAUGGCUGAAAGAGAGACGCAAGCUGCCCCAGCUACAAGCCCAACUACUCCGCUCGGCGCUGGCAGCGGUGCGGCCCGGUGGGGUGGUGGUCUACUCCACCUGUACCCUCUCUCGGGCGGAGAACCACGCCGUUGUUGAGGCCGUCUUAGCAACCUGCCCAGGGGUGGAGCCUGAGGAUCUGCAACAGGAGCUGGCCAAUCAGCUCUCAGAGCACUUCACCUUCGCCCCGCCCCUCUGGCCCCCCGGGCUGCUGGUCGUCCCCGAACGCCUCGGACACACCUGGGGCCCCAUGUACCUGGCCCGCCUCCAGAGGAAAUAAACACACAUACACACACACACAUACACACUCACUUGGGGCCCCAUGUACCUGGCCCGCCUCCAGAGGAAAUAAACACUCACACACACGCACACACACACACACACACAGGCACACACGCACACGUGACCCUUGUACCUUCUUGUCCGAGGAGGAGAGACUAAACACACACACACACACACACACACACACACACACACACACACAGUGCUCAGUUAUCAGUGAUCAACUGCCAUACACACAACUCGUUUCUUGCUGCUUAAUGGGUUAAAGUAUUUGAAAUGAGAAUGAUGUGAGAGUGAAGUCAUUCUUUGCUGUUUGUUUUGGGAAGGCCCUGCUGUGCAGUGAGUGUUGUUAUUUUCACCAUUAAUUUAAUGUCAAAUAAAAUUUAUAAAUAAGCUUAAGAUGGAGCUAUUCUCCAAACAAGUUUUUAAUAAAACUUUUAUACAUAAUAACAUUUGUGCCCAGGGAUUUGUUUAAUUCUAAACCUUUGUAGGCUGGCUUUUUUGUUCAGGUGUGUGUGUGUGUGUGUGUGUGUGUGUGUCUGUGUCUGUGUCACGACCAAACAAGCUGUUAGAGAAUCUCGCCUGUGGAUUUCACACCUAAUUCUGAUUUGUGUGUCUGUAGGAGUGAGAGUUCUGGAGCAGCAGCCUUCUUUUCAUCAGAGAGGACUGGCUGACUAUUAUGUGUCUGAGCACUCAACCUGUGAGCCCACAUGAGGGUCUAGAACGCGAG